AUGAGAACAUGUGAAAUCCAAUACUCCGAUGAUGGAGUUGUGUUGCAUAUAAAACAUCAAACUGCAAUAGAAUAUAUGGAUAUUGCUAGCGCUUUAGGUCGUUUUUUAAUUGAUGACGUUACCGAAGACAUGAUUUCAGGAAUUCAGGUGAAACUUGAAAGUUCUUUGGAAAAACUUAAACGAUCCGGUUACCCUAUCAAUCGAUUGCGUAUAAAUCCACCCAAGCCAGUAGAUGUUCCAAUGGAACAGCAAGUUCUACCUACAACAACUGUUCAAAACAGUCAGAAUAAUUCAAAUACUAAAGAUCAAACAAAAUUAGAAAAUUCCGAUAUCAACCAAUCUGGAAAAGGCAAAACGAAUACUUAUAUGAUUUCAAGUCUGGAUAGUCAUAAAGAGCCUAAUGAUACAACUGCUUCUACGUUAGACGAUGUAGAUUAUGAUUCGCUUACAGCUGAAACUAUUGAUGAGACUAUUUUACAAGUGCUUCAUCCUUAUAAUGACAACAACUUUUUUGCAUUAAAUGAUAAAUUUGAGAUUAAAAGAACGACUGUCUAA